AGACAGCAGACCAUGACGAAGGAACAGAAGGAGCAAGGGCCGAGGCAAAAGCCGUCGACAGCGUCUUUGACCGACAUCUCUCAGCACAGCUCUCAGCAUUCCAGAGCGGACACGAUACUGGAGGUAUUACUGGAGAAAUCGUUGGUGACGCGAAAUGCGCCGGUGAACAGCUCUCAUGAUCGCCGCCAAAGCAUCGGUACCAGUACUGGUGCCAGUACUGAUGGAAAUGAUAAUCUCCUCAAGCCUCCAUCGGCGCAUGCCUCCGUGGCCUGCAAAGAAAGAGCUAAAGAAAGACUGAGCCGUCGCAAUGUCGUGGACGUGGAUGAACUUGCAAGUGUGAACAGUGUGAACCUUCAUGAAGCUCGAAAGUUUGGUAAAGUAAUUGACGUGGAUGAGCUUGCGAUGUCGUUGCACCCCCGUGAUCCAGGUUUUGAGAGGCGACGUACUAGGACGCAGCUAAGUGACAGUCAUUCGGGGACCCAAGACGAGGGACCUCGUCAAGAAUGGAGAGCACCUGGUCCUGGUGCUUACGCGGUGGGAGGUCUGGGAGCGACAGUCGAGGACGACAGUGUUGACGAAUCAUUCGAAUCAGAGCAACAGAAUCAAAAUGUGGAUUUGAUUGGGUGGCUCUCUGCUCCUCCGGCCCCAGUAGCCAACAACCAGGGGUUGGUCGAGGCAAGACCAGUGGAAGAUCAUGCUAUAGAAAUACUAGUAUCAGGGACUGCACAGCCGGUGACGGGGGCCAAUGGGACUGACGGGUCAUGCGAACAGGGCCGUGCGCAAGGAGACAAGGAAAAAGC